GCUCUAAAUUACACAUCCCUAGUCGUCUGCCUGAAUUAAUUAAACGCGUUUUAAACAAAAGCGUAUAUUUCAGGCAAAUUUGCACAGCGAACGCUAGAAGAGCAACAGACAAAUAAUGGCUGCUUCAAUGAGAGCGCUUCUUAAAGUACGCGAUGGCUUCGUUGCCGGCGUGCGCUGCAAUUCGCAAUACAACAAGACGCGUGGAAAUCUAAAGCUCAAUAGCGAUUCGCGCGUAAUCUGCCAGGGCUUCACCGGCAAACAGGGCACCUUCCACAGCCAGCAGGCGUUGGAGUAUGGCACCAAACUGGUUGGCGGCAUUUCGCCCAAAAAAGGUGGCACUCAGCACUUGGGUCUGCCUGUGUUCGCGUCUGUGGCUGAAGCCAAGAAGGCAACGGAUCCCCAUGCAACGGUUAUCUAUGUGCCACCACCUGGUGCAGCUGCUGCCAUCAUGGAAGCGCUCGAUGCUGAGAUACCCCUGAUUGUCUGCAUCACCGAGGGUGUGCCACAGCAUGAUAUGGUGAAGGUGAAGCAUGCGCUGAUAAGCCAGAGCAAGUCACGUCUGGUUGGACCUAACUGCCCCGGCAUCAUUGCACCCGAACAGUGCAAAAUUGGCAUUAUGCCCGGCCAUAUACACAAGCGUGGCAAGAUUGGCGUCGUCUCGCGUUCGGGCACACUCACCUACGAGGCUGUGCAUCAGACCACCGAGGUGGGUCUGGGCCAAACACUCUGCGUUGGCAUUGGCGGUGAUCCGUUCAACGGCACAGACUUCAUUGACUGCCUGGAAGUGUUCCUCAAGGAUCCCGACACCAAGGGCAUUAUUCUAAUCGGUGAGAUUGGUGGUGUUGCCGAAGAGAACGCCGCCGAUUACUUGACUGAGUUCAAUACGGGCAUCAAGGCCAAGCCUGUGGUUUCGUUUAUUGCUGGCGUGUCGGCGCCUCCUGGCCGUCGUAUGGGUCAUGCUGGUGCCAUUAUUUCGGGUGGCAAGGGCGGUGCCAACGAUAAGAUUGCUGCGCUUGAGAAGGCUGGCGUUAUUGUUACCAGAAGUCCUGCCAAGAUGGGCCAUGAGCUGUUCAAGGAGAUGAAGCGCCUGGAGUUAGUUUAGAUUAAUGCCAACAAAUUGAACAAGAAAGUGACAGAACUAUGAAGGUACCACAAGUACGACUCAGAGUGGUAUUGAGGAAGCGAAAGUUAAAUGCGAAGCAAACAAGAUUAUUAAUUAAUUAAGCAAAAAGUCUAUGAAGUAACUAAUCGAAAGUGAAUUAUGUCGAAAUCAUAAAUAAAUUAUUGUCCAAUUCGCGUAAGUGAAAAAGGAAAUUACAUUGUUAAAA